CAAAUGAUAAACUUCUGCAGAGUGAAGGCAUAGAAAUAGAUUCAUCUAGACUUGCUUUAAGAUGUGUGCUUUUGUGACUAACUCCAAUUUCUUGCACUUCUUUUGGACAUUUGCAUUAGGUUUAAGUAUCUGCAAUGUGGUUUUAACUCGAAUAACAAAGCGCUGCAUUACUAUAGAGGAGCAUCUUCUCAAACAAAUGCCGUGGACUCCACACUGCCUACAUCAUCCAGGAAGGGGUCCAUACGCAAACUGCAAUAUCACAGACCUGAGCACUGAUCUGUCACAGGUAGGCCUUGAGGUUAGAACCCUUUGUGUCUUUGGAGAUAUUACGAGCAUUCCUGCUAAAGCCUUUGCACACUUACCUUUUCUGGAGGUACUUCACAUAGAUGGAAUACGUCUGGAGAGAGUUCAGUCUGGUGCCUUUGAAGGACUCCCCAAUCUUAAGUAUCUGUCAAUACUUUUCAGUGAUGAUCUCUACAGAUUGGUCAAAAUGGAUAAUCGGUCAUUUGCUGGUCUGAAUAAUUUGGAGGAGUUGUCACUGACGGGUCUGAAGCUGCUCAACGGAUCCAGUGGUAUAUUUGACCCAUUGGUUAGUUUAAUCAGAUUAGACAUUGUCAGAACUUGCGCACAAGACCUUGGUGAAAUUUUCUGUCAUAUUUCAAAUGGAAUGACCCGUCUAAGACACCUGAAUGUAGAAGACAGUAAGAUUUCAACAAUUGAGAACAAAGGAUGUGCAGGGGGCUCAAAGACCUGGCCUUUGACUGCCCUUUCUGGAGUUCAAAAGCUGUAUCUAAUUGGGAACAAUAUUAAAUCCAUUCAAGCAAACUCCCUAAUUGUAUUCCAGAACCUCUCAAGUCUUUUUCUGGAGUUCGAGGGCAAGUCGCUAGGUAGCGUUUGGGAGUCUGGAGUUGGAAAAGUCAAUGAUUUGACUUUGACAGGGAAUGUAUUAAAAAAAUACUCAACAAACUUCAAAGAUCUGUGUCAUCUUGUAUCCAGUCUUUAUCCUCAAUCACUUAGCCUUGUUUAUACAUCAAUAGACAGACUAACUGCUGAGGACUUGAAGGACUGUGGGACUAAGUUGACAAAGUUAUUAAUCCAGAAUUCCAAAAUAGACCACUUGGACUUCAGGUUUUGGAAAAGUAAGCUGGAAAUGCAGGCCCUUCAAAUGGCCCACAUGAAGUUGACAGACGCUCCGUUUUGUUUUGUUGUGAACAGCACGGUGUGGUCCUUAACCUUGCUGGACCUCACUGGAAACUUAAUUACCAAUAUUGAUGGAGACCAGUUUGCAUGUAUGCCUUUUCUCGAGCAGCUCUAUCUGAGUCAGAAUUCCAUUAAAACCCUACAGCUGCAUGCAUUUCGAGGUUUGCUUCGACUCAAAAUCCUACAGCUUGACUCAAAUAAAAUCUCGCAGCUUUCUGCCAAUGAUUUCAAAUCCCUUCUGGCUUUAGAGGUUCUGCUGAUUAACGAUAACAUCAUUGAGGCUAUAGGGACUGGAACAUUUUGGGAACAGCGGGAGCUUCGUGAACUGUCAUUUGGUAGACUGGAAUAUGUUUAUGAGUUGCAUCUAGAGUACAUUUUUUUCGAAUUUCCACCAAAGUUACAGCGACUCAGCAUUGAUGCACAUUAUGGAACUAAUAUUUACAUUGGAAAUGCAUCACCGCCCAAUGGAACGUUUGCUCUGGAACUAAAUGGAGAGAGACUGAGUUUUGUGGGCUGUGAAAGUGAUGUUUUAAUGGCAGUCCGAGAGUUAAAAGUCAAUUGCACUUACUUCCUUUGCAGGAACAGUUUCAUGGCACCUUAUUUCCUAAACCUGGAAUCUCUGGAGAUCUCAGGAGGAGCUGAAAGGGCACCUCUCAAUUACGCUACAAUCAAUAAUCUUCACCGUCUCAAGCAUCUCAAACUCGUUAGGUUGAACUUCCCCAAUUACACAGAAUCUAGGAGUGCCUUCUGGAACCUAACUCAACUCCAGACCCUAGUGGUGGUAAACUGUCAUCUUACUUUCCUGACCAAGAGCAUGUUCAGAGACCUGACCUCUCUGCAGCUGUUGCGUCUCUACAGUGACAGUCCUCUGAUCUUGACUGAUGGUGUGUUUGGGGUUUUACCAGUGCUAAAAGCGUUCAUUCUGGACAGAGUAGAUUUCCAGUGCAGUUGUGAGAAUGGGUGGCUACUUGAUUGGGCAGACAGCACUGAAAAAGUGCAGGUUAUCUACUUGCAAAAGCAGCAGUGUGUCUGGCACUAUCAGAAACUCAACUUCUUGGCAACAAUGGAGAAGCUCUGCCAGACUGAUGCGCAGUACAUUUGCUAUGUAGCCACAGCCAGCAGCAUUAGUCUUCUGUUGUCGGCAGCCGUUGGAUAUCGCUUUGCUCGCUGGCCUUCAGUUGUCCUCUUCUUCCGCCUGAAAGGUUGGAUUGAGAGAAGGUUUGGUCGACGGUGGAAUAGGAGAAGAAGGAGAACGCAGGACGACUACGGAGAGAUUGAGGAGAUGCAGUAUGAUGCUUUUGUGUCUUUCUGUAGCCAGGAUGAGGCUUGGGUUUUAGGGGAAAUGGCUCCUCGGCUAGAGGAACAAGGUAACCCAAGACUGAGGCUGUGUCUGCACAACAGAGACUUUGAGGUGGGUAAAGAUAUCAUGGACAACAUCACGGACAGCAUCCACAACAGUCAGUGCACUGUUUGUCUGAUCAGCCGCCGGUAUCUGCGCAGUGACUGGUGCGGUCUGGAGAUGCGAGUGGCCACACACCGGCAGCUGGAAGAGCAGAAACACCGUCUCAUCCUCAUCUUCCUCCAACACAUCUCUCCUUUUGAGCUCUCUGCUUUUCAUCGUUUGGCAAAACUGGUCAGAUCCCGUACAUAUCUGGACUGGCCAGAGGAUGAAGGAGACCGAGAGCACUUCUGGGAUCGACUAAGGAGGAACAUUGCGGAAGAUUCAGAAGCUUCUUAAACUACCGGCAGGUUCCUGCUUAAUGACUGAACACUCAUUCAUUCAUUCAUUCAUUUUCUUUUGGCUUAUGUCAGGGGUCGCCAUAGUGGAAUGAACCGCCAACUAUCCCACCAAACGUUUUACGCAGCG